AUGCAGAAGCUCAUUUAGCUACCUAUAACACAGCUCUAAAGUAAUGGAGAUGUCUACCCGGUCCCUGAAACAGGAGAUACUGAAGUCAGUUGCUUAUUAGCGUCCCCCUAAACCACGGUUAAUUCACUCAGAAAGACCUCCUUCUAAAGUACUUCUAGAUAAAGAAAAUCUCAUCAAGUUCUAGAAUAUACCGAAUUACUGUACGUUUGGAAUUCCUAUCUUUCCAGAAAAUUCUCUAAGUCCUCGUUCCAACUUGAUUGA